UCGUUCGUUUCGUUUCGUUUCGUGGGGAGCUGCUAAAGCCGCGCGCGAGAAAACCCAACCAACGACUCUACUAGUAAUUCUCAUCGUCAGUACGAAUUCAAUCACCGUUCUUGAAACAGCUUUUGCGAGAGGUUGUUUGCCUUUUUUUGUUUUUGUAAUUUCCUCGAGAGGAAACAAAAAAGGCCCCCGUAUUAGUCGUCUUUGGAAAAAAAAAACAAACAAACAAAACAAAAAAAAAAAAGAAUUUUUCUUUCGGUUCGUUUGUAUUUUUUUUAUUCUCUUUUAAAUUAUUUUUCUCUUUUUUUUUCCCCCCUAUCUCUCUCUCUCUCUCUCUCUCUCUGUCAUUUUUUGUAUCCUCGAUAAAGUGAAAAGAAAAACGCAACAAUAACAACGACACAACAGCGCAACCAUGAAGCUUUUUGUUAAUAUUUUUAUCGUCGCUACGUGCUUCCUAGCAUUUUCUUAUGCAUUUCCUGCUUUUGACACAUCUGAGGAAAGCGAUGAGAAAAAGAAUGUCGAUACUGUCCUCGUCCUUCCUGGAUCAGACAUGGAUGUUUAUAGCAGACCACGCAUUCCAAAUUUACCCGAUUUCAAUGAAUCCGAUGGAUCAUGGCCUUUGUUUAGGCCAAGCUCCUUUGAUUAUCUAAGUGAUACUUUACAUCAAAUAAUGAACCGACUUAGAGAACAAAUGGCCAGUAUUGCAUCCCGUUUCCCAUUAAAUCCUGGAUUUUCAACACCUUGGAGUAAGAUUCCUUUGGGAGGAAACACCACUUCUACUACCAAGAUUAUCAAUGGACACGUAUUGACGAUCAACGAAACGAUUUACAAGGACAACAACGAUACCGAUGGAAUCAUUUUCCGUGUACGUGUCAUUGAUGUUAAACCACAAGAUGAUACAACUAUUAACGAAAACGAAGAUGGCGCGGUAAACCCAACGGUAACGACUACUCCUGAUGAAAAUGAUAACAGCCAAGAAGUUACAACGCCACAACGAAGCGUUGAAACCGUUGAAGAAUUCGAUAAUGAGAUAUCCAAUCGAAGAGAAGUCUUGAACGCUUAACAAACAAACAAAAUAUCAAAAAAAAAAAGCAAAUGAGCAUUUUUAUGAAAUCAAAAA